AUGAGUGUUAUGCAGUGUAUCCCAGUCCAAAAGUUUUGGAUCCCCACACUGGAUGGCCAAUGUAUUGAGCCUGCCAAACUGUUCUAUACACAGCAAAUUCCCAACAUCUUGAGUGAUGCGAUUCUACUAGUGAUACCAUUGAAGCCAGUAUGGUCGCUGUCCAUUUCGAAGAGACAACGGGUGCUGCUGUCGUUUGUCUUCCUGGUUGGUUGUUUAACUCUGGUUUUCGACAUUGUUCGCCUCGUGGCCAUGAUUCAGUUUACACAUUCUGGGCCCGACAUGACCUUUAACCAAGUUCCGAUGGCAGCGUGGACGUGUACCGAGGCUGCAGUUGCCAUCACCGCUGCAUCAAUGUCCAGCUUUCGCCCUCUCUUUCGACUCGGUCGACGCAAGUUCUGGACAGAGGUUCGACAGUCAACAUCGCCGGGACAUUAUAAGGAGCCAGUCAAACAGUCGCAAGGGUUCUCAACCCAAAGCACCGUGGUGGACCCCUACUUCCUACAGGAAGGAAUCUACAUGCAGCAUAGUGUCUCGAUUCAAGAUAGGAAGGUCUAA